UAGCUGCUGCUACUACUGCUGCUGCUGCUCGAUCAACAACACUCAAACGCAACAACUGUAAUUCCAAUUUAAUUUUAGAGUGACAGGAAACAAAAAAUGACAGAAGAAGUUAAAGAUAUUGUGGAGGACGUUGAGGAGGCUGAAAAUGACAGCGAGCCAGUCACCUUCCAAGAUUUGGGAGUAACCGAUGUGUUGUGCAAAGCCUGUGAGCAGCUUAAGUGGAAAACACCCUCCAAGAUCCAAAGAGAAGCUAUUCCAGUGGCCCUUCAAGGUAAAGAUGUUAUUGGAUUGGCUGAGACUGGGUCAGGCAAAACCGGAGCGUUUGCAAUCCCCAUUCUUCAAGCAUUAUUAUCCAAUCCUCAGCGAUAUUUUGCGUUAAUUUUGACACCUACAAGAGAACUGGCAUUCCAAAUCUCCGAACAGUUUGAGGCAUUAGGUGCCAGUAUUGGUGUGAAAUGUGCUGUUAUUGUGGGUGGUAUGGAUAUGAUGUCACAAGCUUUAAUGCUAGCCAAGAAGCCUCAUAUUUUGAUAGCAACCCCUGGACGUUUAGUCGACCAUUUAGAGAAUACAAAAGGUUUCAAUUUAAGAGCAUUGAAGUUUCUGGUUAUGGAUGAGGCUGACAGAAUUCUCAAUAUGGACUUUGAAGUAGAGGUUGAUAAAAUUUUAAAGGUCAUUCCUCGGGAGAGGAGGACCUUUUUGUUCAGCGCCACAAUGACUAAAAAAGUUCAAAAGCUGCAGCGAGCCUCAUUACAGGAUCCAGUUAAGGUUGAAGUAUCAACAAAAUACCAAACAGUAGACAAACUGCAGCAAUCUUAUAUAUUCAUCCCAGCUAAAUACAAGGAUGUUUAUCUUGUACAUAUUUUAAAUGAGAUGGCCGGCAAUUCUUUCAUGAUAUUUUGUGCAACAUGCAGUAACACAAUGCGUACUGCUCUUCUUCUCCGAAGCCUGGGUUUAAUGGCUGUACCAUUGCAUGGUCAGAUGUCUCAGAAUAAACGACUUGCAGCUUUGACAAAGUUCCGUGCUAAGAACAGAUCCAUUCUUAUAAGCACGGAUGUUGCAAGUAGAGGUUUGGAUAUUCCACAUGUAGAUGCUGUUGUAAAUUUUGAUAUUCCGAUGCAUAGCAAGGAUUAUGUUCAUAGAGUAGGAAGAACUGCUAGAGCAGGCCGUGCUGGUAAAGCCAUCACUUUUGUUACUCAAUACGAUGUUGAGCUCUACCAACGUAUUGAGCAUCUUAUUGGCAAGCAAUUGCCCAUAUACCCUACUGAGGAAGAGGAAGUUAUGGUAUUGCAAGAAAGAGUGGCAGAAGCUCAGAGAGUCGCUAAACUUGAAUUAAAGGAUCUAGAAGAAAAGAAAGGCGGCAGAGGGAAGAGGAAGAGAGGUGAUGGAGAAGAAGAUGAUGACAUGGAGGAUUCAAGGGGAGUUAGGAAAAGGGUGCAGGGAAAGAAGAAUGGAGGUGGAGGUAAGGGUAAAGGUAAAGGAAAAGGGAGAAAUAAAUAAAUGGAAACAGUUA